AUGCAGAAAUUCGCUUAUCCCCCACUGCCGAGCAACGGCAAAAUCUAUAUUCGUCUUGUGAGACUUUAUCCAGGCACCUUUGACGAAGAUGUCUGCAUUACCAUGCGACACGAGAUUUUUGCCGACAAGACCGCAGAUUUGAGCAACAGCGCUCUUGGUCGUCGGUCUGACCGACCUAUCUAUGAGGCCAUUUCUUACGCCUGGGACAAGGGUGAUUUGAGACCAGCUCACAUCUCCGUCAGAUACGCUAAAGAGUGCAGAGAUGAGAGCCCAAACGCAGUGGUCUCUGACCUUACCACUGCAGCUCCUGUUGAUGGAUGGCUGCCACUUGGACCCAAUGCCUUGUCCGCACUGCGUCACUUUCGCUUCACAGAUCGCCCACGUGAUCUAUGGAUAGAUUCCAUGUGCAUUGAUCAGGGAGACAGCAUCGACAAGGGCCGACAGGUGGCCAUGAUGGGUGAAAUCUAUGCGCGCGCAAAGGCGGUGCUCGUAUGGCUCGGAGAAGCUGCGCAGGACAGCGACCUUGCCAUGACCUGCAUGGAAGAUGUUGGUACUCAGGUACGAUUCGAAAAGUCGAGUCGGUCUAUUUUGGCUACUCCCGAUUGCCGUGAUAAUUCCCUUCUGGACCGCAGCAUUCCAGUCCCCUUCUCGGUAGAUGAGAUGCGUGCAGUCUACCACCUGUUGAACCGGAGGUGGUUCGAACGCCUGUGGGUCAGACAGGAAAUCACCUUGGCAGAUCAGAAAACAGCAACCAUCGCAUGUGGCUGCAAAAAGAUGCUCUGGAAGACGUUUUACAAUGUUUGGGGUUUGCUACAACGCAAGGCCUGGCCGCAACAAUUCGAACUCAGCAAUAAGCUCACCUUUCGUCUCAGCAAUCUACGGGGCUUCCUCUACCAGUCACGAUACAUCAAUCUCCCAAACAUACGUUUCAACCUCGGCCUCGCAGGGUGUAAUGAUCCUCGAGAUCGCAUCUACUCAGUAAGAGCACUCCUGCCGAGGAAUAUCCAGGAGCACAUCAAGCCAGACUACACUCUCCCAGUCCCGGCCAUCUACCGUGCUGCUACUAUUGCCUACAUGCACGAGAUGAAAGAUGUCGACUUUCUUUCGCAGUGCCGACUCCCAAAUCGAUUACCAUGCUGCCCCAGCUGGGUUCCGGACUGGACUGACAUUAGACCUAUUCUCGAGGAGCCUUGGCCACUCAGGUUUCAGAUAGCUUCUGGCUUUCUGAGCACACAGUAUACAGAGCCCAAAUCGGACAGUCUCGACGUACAUGGAGUGUUUGUGGCAAAGGUGGCCGCAGUCACGAAACCAAACAUUGACGGAUAUUUUGACGUGAACUGGGCGAGGAUCAGAGAAGUGCUGCGUCAAGAACCGCGGAGCCUGGACGAUCCCUGCCCUGGAAGCUCAAUGACCAUUGGAGACGCGUACACACGGGUCCUGUGCAGCAACAGAUUCGCCGAAAAUUGCUUCGAUCCAUCGACUCUUCAUUGGCCCCGCUAUGAGGUUGCGAAGAGACGCCUGAGUGAAUUGCACCGCGCCACGAAGAGUAACAAUCAAGACGUCAGCGAGGCGUUGGUGUAUAAUAGAGCAAAAGAUGCCACUCUUCUCAACAGAAUCACAUCCGAGUGUCUCGGUAGACAAUUGCUUUGGACAGAAGAUGAUCUUCUCGGACUUGGAUCCUUGGAUGCGCAACCAGGAGACCAUAUAUGGGCAGUUCUGGGCUCACGAGAACUUCUGGUCUUGCGACCCAAAUCCUCAGAGAUGAAGGUUUCCUCCUUGCAGGACAAGACGCCCAUUUAUCAAGCUGGUGGUGGGUGCACCCUAUUCGGGCACUUUGAGGGUGAGGCUGUCCUGGGCCCAGUGCCCAAUAACAUCAAAAUCAUGAAGCACCGUGCAGGAGCAAUGAUUUUUGAAAACACGGCAACAGGAGAUCAAACACUUCUUGACCCUCGCUUGAACAGUCUCGGGGUCGACCUAACGGCGCUAUCUGCGAAGCUUGAAAAGCAACAACAGGAGAAUGCUCUAGAUGAGCCGCAUCCGUGGCUAGAGAUUACUGACAUUGAUUAUUUACGAGCACGGCUGAAACAUAUGGGGCCGAAGCUUCAGGAUUUGCAUAUAGUAUGA